CUCUCUUUCAUUAGCAAUUACACCUCCUUCGCUCACCAUUAAAUGCAAUUGCACCAUCUCCAUACGCUCAGCAAUAACUCAUAGCAUAGCUGCCACAUUUUUCUCCAUCUGUUCCCUUUCUUUUCUCCUUCAAUUCCUUUGUCCUCUCCCCUUCUUUCUCUUCUCCCAGUUUCUCCCUUUCAAACCAACCCUUUUAGUUACCAUCACAACACACAUCAAGCUCUAGCUUUCCAUGGUUGCCAUUUAUAAGCAACUUUAUUCCCCUCCAACCCUUUUUCUCUCCUAUGCAACUUUCAAAACCCUCCCUUUUUAGCCCCAAAGCAGAUCUAAAUACUCAUCUUCUUCUACCUAUUCAAAGACCACCCUUUGGUAAGGACAACUCUCGUUAAAGUGAGAAACGCUUUAGCCUUGUGAGAAGCUAAGAAGAAACUCCUCCUGUGAAGGUUUUGGAUUGAAAAUCCAUUGAUAGAAGAGAGAGAGAAAGAGAGGGGUUGAAUUGCAUAGAGUGUGAAAUAUGCCAGCUGGUAUUAUGAUUCCAGCAAGAAACAUGCCUUCGAUGAUUGGAAGAAACGGCAACGUUGGUGGCUUUGGAUUAUCUUCAGGGCUCUCUCUUGGCCAGAUUGAAAACCAUAAGGCUUCGGAAACUCAAAGAUCUGUAGAAAUGUUCCAGCCAAACCUGAUGGAAGCUAGUCAUCAGCUUCUCCCCCUUGACAUGCCUCAGAAUUCAGAGAGCGAUGUCCCAAGAAUCCGCGAAGAUGACUUUGACAGUGCCACCAAGUCUGGUAGUGAAAACCAAGAAGGUGCUUCCGGUGAAGACCAAGACCCUCGCCCAAACAAGAAGAAACGCUACCACCGCCACACUCAGCACCAGAUCCAGGAAAUGGAAUCAUUCUUUAAGGAGUGUCCUCACCCUGAUGACAAGCAAAGGAAGGAGCUGAGUCGAGAGUUAGGGUUAGAGCCAUUGCAGGUUAAGUUUUGGUUCCAGAACAAGCGCACUCAGAUGAAGACCCAACAUGAGCGCCAUGAGAACACACAGCUGAGAACUGAAAACGAGAAGCUUCGAGCAGAUAACAUGAGGUUCAGGGAAGCUCUCAGCAAUGCCUCGUGUCCCAACUGUGGUGGACCAACCGCUAUAGGAGAAAUGUCAUUCGAUGAACAUCACUUGAGGCUCGAAAAUGCUCGCCUCAGAGAAGAGAUUGAUAGGAUUUCUGCCAUUGCUGCAAAGUACGUGGGGAAGCCUGUGGUGAGCUAUCCACUUCUUUCUCCUAAUUCAUCUGUGCCUCCUCGUCCACUGGAGCUUGGGAUUGGUGGUGGUUUUGGUGGCCAAGCUGGAGGCAUUGGUGGGGACAUGUAUGGUGGAGCUGCAGGAGAUCUUCUUAGGUCAAUCAGUGGACCCACCGAAGCUGAUAAGCCCAUCAUAAUAGAGCUUGCUGUUGCAGCCAUGGAGGAGCUCAUUGGAAUGGCACAAAUGGGUGAGCCUCUUUGGUUAACUUCCCUUGAUGGCACUGCCACUGUGCUCAAUGAGGACGAGUACAUCAGGUCCUUUCCUCGUGGGAUUGGUCCUAAACCCGCUGGCUUCAAGUGUGAAGCUUCACGAGAAACUGCUGUUAUUAUCAUGAACCAUGUUAACCUUGUCGAGAUUCUCAUGGAUGUGAACCAAUGGUCCACAGUGUUCUCUGGCAUCGUCUCAAGAGCCAUGACUUUGGAAGUGUUGUCAACAGGAGUGGCGGGGAAUUACAACGGUGCAUUGCAAGUGAUGACAGCAGAAUUACAAGUACCCUCACCUCUUGUGCCAACUCGAGAGAGCUAUUUUGUAAGGUACUGUAAGCAGCAUGGCGAAGGGACUUGGGCAGUAGUGGACGUGUCCUUGGAUAAUUUGCGUCCUAGUCCUUCAGCCAGAAGUAGAAGAAGGCCCUCAGGUUGCUUAAUUCAAGAAAUGCCCAAUGGCUACUCAAAGGUCAUAUGGGUUGAGCAUGUAGAAGUGGAUGACAGAGGUGUUCAUAAUCUAUACAAGCAGCUUGUUAGCUCGGGGCAUGCAUUUGGUGCAAAACGUUGGAUUGCAACCUUAGACCGACAAUGUGAAAGGCUUGCUAGUGCCAUGGCAACAAACAUUCCCACAGUAGAUGUUGGAGUGAUAACAAACCAAGAUGGGAGGAAGAGUAUGUUGAAACUGGCUGAGAGAAUGGUUAUAAGCUUUUGCGCUGGAGUGAGUGCAUCCACUGCACACACAUGGACAACACUCUCUGGAACUGGUGCUGAUGAUGUAAGGGUCAUGACUCGUAAGAGUGUAGAUGACCCAGGAAGGCCUCCUGGCAUCGUUCUCAGUGCUGCAACGUCUUUUUGGCUUCCAGUGUCACCGAAAAGGGUUUUUGAAUUCCUACGUGAUGAGAACUCCAGAAGUGAGUGGGAUAUUCUUUCCAACGGUGGAGUUGUCCAAGAAAUGGCACACAUUGCCAAUGGACGAGACACUGGAAACUGUGUCUCCCUACUUCGAGUGAAUAGUGCGAAUUCAAGCCAAAGCAACAUGUUGAUAUUACAAGAGAGUUGUGCAGACUCAACGGGGUCUUUCGUGAUAUAUGCUCCUGUGGACAUUGUGGCAAUGAACGUGGUUCUGAAUGGAGGGGACCCUGACUACGUGGCACUUCUCCCUUCAGGAUUUGCUAUACUCCCAGAUGGGACCACUGCACAUGGAGGUGGCAUUGGUGACACUGGACAUGGUGGCUCUCUCUUGACUGUGGCAUUCCAAAUAUUGGUUGAUUCAGUUCCAACAGCUAAGCUUUCUCUUGGAUCCGUUGCUACUGUCAACAAUCUCAUUGCCUGCACUGUUGAGAGAAUUAAGGCUGCUUUAUCUUCUGAACCUGUUGCUUGACCUAAUGGAUAUCGUUUAGAAGAAGGAUAAGGGGUGCAUUGCAUUUUGGAGAAAUGGGGAGAUGUUGGGAACUUCGGCUUUAUACAAAAGACGAUGAGAAGUCAAGAGCGCACCUUGCAUGAUCCUUUCUUAGCACCUCAACACAGUGCUGAGAGGAUUAAGGUUCGGGAAUUGACUUCCCUGGAAUUAGUAAAUGCUAGCUAAGAGCUUAAAUCAAGACCUUACUUCUCUUCACCUUCCCAAGACUAAAUAUUUAUAGUUAGUGUUAGUUUUUUCAAUGUUUAGGUUGUAGCUUUGGCGUAACCUCUUUUGUUCCUUCUAUUGUUAUUUGUGUUCUAGGUCUCGUCAAGCACCAGUACUAUAGCUAGUAGUUGGGAAGCUUGCACCGUUUGUGUAGUGGUUAAAUUAUCACUACACCUGUUUGACCCUUUUUAAGGUUUAAGGUUUUAAAAUGAAUGUUUCUUUUUCAAAUUAUCAAGUCUAAUUCAGUAA